UAUCCAUCACCACUUAAAUUUGUCCCUGACCACCUCUCCGUCUCUGCCUCCAUAUCCAUCCCUCCGUCCAUCAUAAAUAUUUAUUCUAAAAUAUAUAUUCUUCCAGAAUUCUCCUUUUCCAGUUCUAGGCAACCUCUUCUGUUUUCCUUAAUUUCAUUUCUCUCUUUGAAAAUUUCCGUUCUUGUAUGGCAGUUAAUUUCUUGAACAAUCGAGAGGUAUCAGACCUUUGCCUAGGAAAACCUCCUCUCAAGUGGGUCCCCAUCGGCGCUACUGUUGCGGAGGCAUUGUCGGCGUUGAAGAAAUCGGGGGAGAGCCAUGUGAGCGUCUGGUCCUGCUGCUCCGACUACCAUUCUUCUUCCAAGAUCAAAUCUUUUGACAAUAAUAACGCUGUUAUUGUGGAUUCUCCAGCUUGCAAGUGUGUGGGGAAGAUUUGCAUGGUGGAUGUCAUUUGUUUUCUUUGUAAAGAAGAAAACUUGGCAGAUCCUUUCAAGGCUUUAGAGGCUUCUAUCUCUCAGAUUUUGCUCAAAGCCCCUCCUUUGUCCGUCAGGCAUUUGGAGCCAAAUUCGAGCUUGUUGCAAGCAUUGGAUUACAUACUUGAUGGUACACAGAACCUGGUUAUACCGAUUGAAAGCUAUGCAACCAGGAAUUCAAGAAAGAAGUUCCUGGGUAAACCAGCUCCUUUCAGCAGCACACUCCACAAUGGCCGUGAAUACUGCUGGAUAACACAGGAAGAUGUAGUCCGCUUCAUUCUCAACUCCAUCGGAGUUUUCUCCCCAAUCCCAACUUUCACAAUUGAAUCACUAAACAUGAUUGAUCAUGAUAUAAUGACUGUUCACUAUGAUGAACCUGCCUCUUCUGCGUUGGCCUUAUUUUCUCGCUCGCUCGUGGAGCAGGCUUCUGUUGCUGUCAUCGAUGAAAAUAACAGAUUGAUCGGCGAAAUAUCGCCCUCCACUCUUGCAUUCUGUGAUAAAACUGUUGCUGCGGCAAUUACAACCCUUUCAGCAGGUGAUCUCUUGGCAUACAUUGAUUGUUGUGGUCCUUCGGAGGAACUGGUCCAGCUAGUCAGAACGAGGUUGGAAGAAAAAAAUCUUGAGGCUAUGUUGGAUCUAUUGGAGGAAUAUUCUCUCUCAUCAUCGUCGUCAUCAUCAGCAUCUUCGAGCUGUUCUUCUGAUGAUGAGUCUGCAUCAAUCAAGUAUGGCGGAUCCGGUAGGUAUUCACCUGCGAGGAGGUCAGAGGCAAUUGUUUGCUAUCCGUGGAGUUCACUUGUGGCUGUAAUGAUUCAAGCCCUUGCACACCGUGUGAGCUGUGUCUGGGUUGCGGAAGCGGACCACACCUUGGUUGGGAUUGUUACAUUUGAAGGCAUGCUUAAGGUUUUCCGGAGCAUUGCCGGCGGCAUUAAGUAGGGGCGUAGAGGUUAGUCAUGCAGUAACGAACAAGAAGCCAGGACAAUGUGUUCAAGCCAUAUUUACUUUGUUGAAAGGAGGAUUUACAAUGUCUUGAAAAUUUUUCAGAAUUUUUAAUAUGAAGUUGAACUUGUGCA